GACGUCGAGGUGCACCCCAACCUCUCUUCUUCUCUUCUCCACUCUCGCUCUCGCACGCACCCAAGCAGCAGCAGCAGCCAUGAGAGGAGGAGCAGGAGCAGGAGCAGGAGGGCCCACUGCCGGCGAGCCGCCGCUGGGGACGGAGGCGGAGGCGGAGGAGAGCUCGGCGGGGGACGAGGAGGAGCUCGAGCUGGGGCUCAGCCUCGGGUCCAAGAAGCAGCAGCAGCAGCAGCAUGCGCCGUGCCGAAUCCUGACGGCCAGGGACCUGCAGCCGGCGGCGGCGGCGCUGUCCCCGGACUCCUCCGUGUCGUCGUCCUCCCCCGCGACGGGGGCGAGCAAGAGGGCUACGGCGGAGGAGGGCCCCGGCGCCGCCACCACCUCGCCGGGGACGGUUGCUUCCGGCCACCCACACAGCAGCUUUGGAGUGGUGGGAUGGCCACCGAUCCGACAGUUCAGGAUGAACAGCCUGUUCAACCAGCCUAAAGAAAAUACAUCUGAAGCCGACACCAAGAAGACCAACACCAAUGAAUCUGACGUGCAGAAAGACAAGGAGGAGUGCGAGAAGAAGGUGCGUGUUGCUGGAUGGGUGAAGGUGAACAUGGAUGGAGAGGUUAUUGGAAGGAAGGUGGAUCUCAAUGCGCACCGCUCAUACAAGACCCUUGCCUUAGCCCUUGAACUCAUGUUCACGAAGCCGUCGAUCGGUCUUUGCACUUCUCAUAAUACGAAGUCUCUGAAACUACUAGACAACUCAGCCGAAUACCAGCUCACUUACGAGGACAGGGAUGGUGACUGGAUGCUUGUUGGAGAUGUCCCUUGGGAAAUGUUUGUCGGCUCUGUGAAGAGGUUGCGGAUCAUGAGGACAUCAGAUGCAAAUGGUCUUGGUCAGCGAUACCAGGGUAUUCACAGAACAGCUGCUUCAACAAGAGGCAGAGCCUGAGAGCUCACGACGAAACAAAGAGCUAUACCGCUGGUGAAGCUUGAAGUGCACAUUGAUGGUUACUUGCCCAGUUAAAAUAGCAGAAAGCUAAGAAAUAUGAGCCACAGGGCUCACCGGUUCUGUUAUAUUUUUGCCUUGUGGUGCCUGUUUUUGUUUGCACUGUCCAUCUGCAAGAGCAAUUGGUCGCCUUCUCAAGCGUGCUUUCAUGGUACAAGUCUGUCUUAGUUCUAUGGUGUU